CCACGUCCUAAAAUAGCAGUCUGAUUCAGACAAACAUUCAUUGCAGACACAGCUUCCAGCAAACACUUUAGCCAAGUUAGAAACUUUUGCUGGACCAUGAAAGUUAGCAUUAUUGCCUUUGUUGCGGGGCUUAUUGGAGCCAUUGGGGUGCUUCUAUUUCUGAUAGCAUUUGGGACAGAUUACUGGCUGUUAGCAACUGAGAACUGUGAAGCAUAUGAUCAUGAAUCUGAAAGUAAAACAUCCAGGCCUCGAGCUACCACAGAGGAAGCUAGUGAAACACACGAUGAAUCUUCCAUCACCUUUCACCAUGAGGGAUUCUUUUGGCGGUGUUGGUUCAGUGAAGACAUUUCCCAUGACAGCAUCUGGAACUUCUGGUUUACAAACCAGCCCCCAUCAAAGUUCUGUGUUCGUGGCUACCUCUUCCCUUUGCCGAUUGCACUGGGGCCCCUUCUUUCCCACGACAACACGGCUGUGUACCGUGGCUUUUGGACGGUGUUCAUAAUAUUAGCUGUGACUGCUGCUAUUGUGGGAGGAUUCCUGUUAGUUUGUGCAGUGCCAUUUGUGAGUGCCAAGCUCUACAAAGUAGGAGGUGGAUUUCUUUUGGCUGCUGGAACUUUAUUUUCCAUUCUGAUUUUUCUCUUUGUAAUGUGGAAGGAGUUUGCUGCAGAUUUGGAAAAAUACAUCUUGUCGGAGAGAAGUGGCAGCUGUAAGGAUGUAUUAGUGUAUGUACAGUACGGUUGGUCUUUCAUGUUUGCUGCAGUUGGGAUUCCUCUGGUUUUACUUUCUGGUCUCUUAUUUUAUGUGAUUGGCCGCACCAUCGAAGCACAUAACAAAUAAAAGGCACAUUAUGGCUCCAAGCAUCGGAUUCUUGAAACAAAAUCUAUGGUGAUAUACUCCACAUGGUCACUGUGAUAUAAAAAAGCAAACAAAAGUGCCUCAUACAUUUCCACCUUGUUGAGAUUAACCAAGCGAUACUUAUUUUUACACUACUACGUACACACCGUAAAAUAUAAAAUAGCUCAAGUCCCAAAAUCAGUUGAGAAAAUGUAUUUGGUUUAAAAUUAUAUAUCAUUUGAGUUAUAUAUCAUGUGAAUUAACGUUGAAAACCGUAUAUAUGUUUGACCUUUUGUUUCUCUUGAGGGCAUUUUAUGUUUCUGUAAAAUAAAAGCUGUUAGCAAUGCAUUCAGUCCAAAAUGAUGUUCCACCAUAAUAAAAUGUUAUCCAUGGCAUAUAGCUUACUUUUCCAUCCACUGGACACACUACAUAAUUUUCUCAUUGGCACAUCUUUAUUUCACUAAAGUGAUGUCAACUCUUAUCAUUGAUACUUUUUCUUUCAUGUGAAGUAAAACUUUUACGGUGCAGUGAUGGUUGGAUUACAUUAAAAUAUUGUGACAUGCUGCAA